UGUGAGCCACAGUCACUAUGACUAAAUGUCUGGAGCCUCCUCUGCAGGAGGAGACACACACACACACACACACACACACAGCCUCAGAAUCAGAACAGCCAAAGACAGGAAGAGAAGCAACUUUGAACACGACAUACUUUUGUUUCUCCAGAGAAUAAGAAACAGCACUUUUUUUUUCUACUGAGGAGCAGAGCGCUGCUACCUCACAGCCAUGAGUUCUCAGGCGAGCUUUGGCAGCAGCAUGCUGUUCCAGUCCAUAAAUGAUGACCUUAAUGCGUCACUGGCUUCAGCGGAUGAGUUAUCCAGAGAGUUUAACUCCAUGCUGAAGGAGGCCUCAGCCAACAACAACACCAAGUCUGUUUCCCAGUCCAGUGACAUCAGAUCAAGAGAGUCAAGUUCCAGCAGUAAUGGCAGCUCGAGCUCUAUGCCUUCCUCCCAGACUUCAUCAUUGCUUUAUCCUGGGGACACGGUCAUCUACAGCAACAAAAACAGCUUGUCCUCCCCCGUCUUCACCACCAGUCCAGUCUCACCCCUCAGGGAGGGACGAUCUUCAUUUCCUCAAACUGGAUCUGAGAGUUACUCUUACGGCCAGCGGAGCCCCAAACAGUCACCACUGACCAGAAGACGCGAGUCCCCACAGCAAUCUUCCCCAAGACGAGACUCUCCGAGGCAUGGGUCCCCAGGACGGACUUCCCCAAGGCGUGGUUCCCCUAAUCGAUAUGACAGGAGCCCACAAGGUUCAAUCAGUUAUGCUGACAAAAGCCCUUUGGUGAGCCCCACAGUUGUUCCUCUUGACUCAUCAUCGUCUCGCACUACUGCAUUCCUCUCCUCCAACUUGCUGAGCCCUUACGACAGCAGCACCAUGGGCCGCAGGUCACCUCGUCCGGACAGAAGCCCCUCCCCACUGUCUUUCAAUCGGUCAGGGUCACAGACACUUCCACGCAGUUUUGAUUUCCGGCUACCUGAUGAGGGUGUGCAGCGGCAAAAGAGUCCUAGCAAGUGGAACGAGACAGAUCUUGACAUGUCUUAUGAGAGGAAACCUCACCACACCUAUGACAAGACAGAGUGGCUGCGGCCAUCUGUGCCAAACAGCAGCUGGAGAGAAUCCAACCUUGAUGGCCCUCCUCCAGCCCCAAGCCCUAAAAAGGAUCCUCGCUCUCCAUCCCUCCAGUACAGCCAUGGUUCUCUUGCACGUAACACUCGUAUAACAGUACCUCCUGAUGUUUCGUCCCCAGUUCACUCCCCUUACCACCCUCAGCCCAUCAUCUCCCGUAUUUCUAUACCUCCAACAUCUACUGAGGCCCGUAAGCGCAAGCCCAUCCCUCUCUCGGUUAUCAUGCGUCUCCAAAAUCCCCAUUGGAGAGCGAUGUCAACAGCCCACCCGAGAAUUAUGGGAGGAGAAGGGGACAUGUCGCCGUACCAAACAUCUGGACCCGUCCCAAGGGAAUUCUUCCACCAUCCUGUAUUCCCGCCUCAGCACCCGCCGCCGGAGCUGAGACAGCCAGCAAUAUACAGUGAUGUGCUGAAGCCAGCAGAUAUAGAUGCAGAGUUAGAAAGGCUGGACUUAGUGCAUCACUUACCAGUGAUUUCGGAGAAUCCCAGCAUGCCAGCGGUCGAGCAAGUUCCGGCCCCUGCACCCCGACCCCUGAGCCCCACCAGGCUGCAGCCAGUGGUGGCCCAUGAGGCCCAGAUCGAGGUCAUCCCUGACAUGGAGGAGCUGCUACGUAUCCGGGCAGAAAUCCCGCGGGCGCUAAAGAGACGUGGCUCGGUGGACCAGUCACAGCCCCUGAAGAGGGCCUCGCAUUAUCAGCCGAACCAGUACAAAAGUCUCAUCGACAAGCUUUUUCACAGGAAGGGCCGCCGCCACAAGGGGGAGCAAGGUAGCGAGACCAGCAGCUCCUCAGAUGGAGAGGACAGUGCUACACCUCCUGCACCAAUCCCCCAGACAUCCACAAUGAUUCCCAUUGAUUUCAGUAGCUACCGUUCCAUUCUGCGUCGGUCCAUUCGAGAGCGCAAAGUCUCUGGGAAACGAGCUCGGCUCAGCCCACUGGUUCUGCUCCUGGACGGAUCUUUGGUUGGAGAACUGGACACAGUGCAAAGAGCUGUUCAGGAGAUGAGUGACCCAAGCCAACCGAACGACGAAGGCAUCACAGCCCUUCACAACGCAGUCUGCGGCGGGCAUUACAACAUCGUGGACUUCCUCGUUCGCGUCGGAGCCAAUGUCAGCUCACCAGACAGCCACGGCUGGACUCCCCUGCAUUGCGCAGCCUCGUGUAAUGACCGCCCUCUGUGUGAGUUUUUGGUGAGGAACGGCGCUGCCGUCAUGGCCAUGACGGAGAGUGACGGGGCUAUCGCCUCCCACAAGUGUGAUCCGUAUGCUGUUGGGUUUGAGGAGUGUGAGAGCUACCUGAAGGGUGUGGAGGAGGCUAUGGGAUUGGAGAACAGCGGGGUGCUGUAUGCUCUGUGGAGCUACCCGGCUCAGGCACCUGAUGAGCUGAGCUUCAGGGAGGGAGACAUGGUCACAAUCCUGCAGAAACCGGAAGGAUCAGCUUGGUGGUGGGCCUCGCUCUGUGGCAGGGAGGGAUUAGUUCCCAACAACUUUUUUGGGCUUUUCCCAAAGGUCCGACCAAAGUCUCUGUGCUGAGUGUCGUCCCGAAACCGUUUUAAAGCUUCACACUGUUUGAAAGGAUUGCGUCUCGCUGCAGGAAACGACAAAAAUGGUUUUGAUCUGCCAUUCAAGGAGAUUUUAAAGGAGGAGCCUCCGUAUUUAUGUUCACCUUACCGAUGAUGAGGGGUGUGUCUGACGGCAUCCUGUGUUCUGGCUCUGUUUCUGAGUCCAAAGGUUACUCAAGGACCCAGAUUUCCUGCUGUUCCAGUCUGAAGUGGACAUUUCUGACUCACUGGCUGUUUACUAAUCGCAGACUACUCACCAGUGUGCCGUCAACCGUUUAUUUAGAGAACAGGCAGCUCCAAUGAGCUCAAUCCACCUACUGGUUACUGGAAUUACUGGCUUUAAGAAAGAGAGUGGUGACACAGAGCUGCUGUUCCCUUAAGUACAUCAGUGCAUGUUCAAAAAAGGGGCCGAUAUUAGCCAUUUAAAAAUGUCUUGAUAUCUAUGUCUCAGCUGAUAUAUAUACUGUUUGGCAAUGAUUCCUAACGUAUGACAAAGGACAUUCUGAAGUGCAACCAUGAUUUUAAAAUAAGCAGAAAUGCAGAUUUUCUGUUUACAUUACAUUCUCCUGCAUUGUUUUUUUUUUAUAACUGCUUUAACAGCAACAAACAUACUGACAUGUCUCGGUCUGGGAAAGUCUCUUUUAUUGGUUAUUUACAGGUCAACUGGGCUCUACAGUACAUAGGGUUGAAUAUAAAAUUUGGGGGGGGGGGAGGUUCGUCAUUAAACUUCAAUUCCUGAGGAGUUAAUCACACCAGCAUCUUUUUUUUUGCAUUAAUUGGCAAAAGAAUAAUUCAGGAAUCAGCAUCAAAGUCCACUUAUGCCAAAUGAUAUUAAUACUGUAACAAACUUUAUUCAUCUAUAACAGUACACAUCACUGUUUUUGCUUAUUAUUAAGAUGUUUGUGCUUUUCUCCGUGGCAUCUGAUUUUAGUCAGUCAUAGUGGCUGUUUUUUUUUCUAACUUGACAGAUGCUUUCCUACCUGUGAGGCUGUUUAGUAUUUUUCAAUCUUCUGGAAUCCAUUUGGCUUGUUUCUGCUUGGAUGCAACACUGUUUGCCGUCUGUUUUGUAUUUUUUAUGCUACCUACAUGGAUAUUUCUCCUUAAGGAGAGUGUUUUUGUUUCCUGUGACAAUUAACUUGCCAUUUUGUGGACAUGUCGUAUUUGAUGAAGCUUUUUUUUUAUAUAUAUAUAUAUAUAUAUGUCACACUUUUGUCUCAAGAGAUUGUUGCGCAGCACAGUGUCCAAACCAAAACUCGAUAAAUAAAUGAGUUACGCGUCGUUGGGUUCAGAGGGACAUGUUUGGUUAUGACCAUGUGUUUGUGGCUUACAAAAAAGACUGUGAAAUGUCCUUUACUGACCAGCAGAUGACACUGUACAAUUACGUACUGAGCGCCAGCGUAGAGUUUAUAUUUUACAAAUACUACCAGCAAAUGUAAACUAAUAUGCAGUAAAAGCACCACUGAUCCAAA